UAAAACUUUAUUGAGAGCUGCCACUGCGGCCAUUCACUCACUCUCGAGCCGUAAACGAACCUUUUCGAACCAAUUCGAGUUCAAAACCGAUACGUUUUUGACCAUUUAAGAAACGUUUCGUUUGUGGCAGAUAGAAUUUCCUCUUUUUUUGUCGUGAAGUUCACCUCCUUCAGAAGCGUUAGCAUUAGCGAUAAUGGCUACAGUGACGAUGCAAACAAAGACCGUCGUAGCUGAGUGGUCAGGGUUGUUCCAGACCGAGCUGAAGACUGAGGCCGAGUCGCUGGUGUUUGUCAAGAGGAUGGUGGCUUUGGCUGUGUCAUCCAUCACCUACCUCCGAGGGAUGUUUCCAGAGGAAGCCUACAGAUCCAGAUAUCUGGACGAUGUGUGCAUCAAAAUUUUGCGUGAGGACUGCAGAACUCAUGGCGCCAACAAAGUUGUCAAAUGGUUGAUGGGAUGCUUUGACGCCAUAGAGAAACAUUAUCUCGAGGUUAUGUUCAUUGGGGUGUUCACCAAUCCUGAGAAGCCAGAUCACAUCAUUGAGUCCUACCACUUCAAGUUCACUUACACUGCAAACGGACCAAAUAUGGAAAUAUUCACCAACACUGGCAAGGCAAAGCGAGUGACCAUUGAGGACACCAAAAUGGCCUCAGUGCUCCUUGUCAGAAAGCUCUUCCUGCUCGUCCAGAGCCUCAGUGCUCUGCCCCAGAACAUCUACAUGAACAUGAGGCUCUUCUACUAUGAUGAUAUCACCCCAGAUUACUACCACCCGCCUGGAUUUAAGGAAGGAGUGUGUGACAAAUUCUGGUUUGAAGGCACUGGUGUGCAUUUCAAGGUCGGCGAGGUCUCAACAGCAUUUCACACGCUGCGAGUGCGUGUUUCUGCUGAGCAGGGACGUCUAGAGACACUCAAGGACAGCAGCAACCACAGCAAAACAAAUGGAGUUCCACGGAACAUGCCAAAGCGGAAAAUCAUGAAGCCUCUGGAAACAAAACAAUACAAUGAGGAUGAAUUUCCCUCUGAAGAUGAGUCAGAACAGUUCAAGAAACCAAAGGCGUCGAAGGGCAAGGGAAACAAAGUGAAAAGGCUUGCGAGGAAGAAGAAGAGAAUUUAAUCUGCCCUGCAAUGAGAGGCAACAGAGCACUUGUUAAACAGUUCAUUCAGUUCAGGUGUGUUGGUUCAUAGCCAUAUUAGGAGAAGGUGUCAAAAAAUAUAUUGUUCUACGUUUAUUCAUCUUUUCAUUAAAAUGUAUUGUUCACUGGAAAAUAAAAGUAUAUUAAGGUUAUAUUAAGUAACUGAAGCAU